AUGUCUCAAUACCCUCCUCAGCAGCAGAUGCCUUACGGCUCACCGCCGCCUCCGGCUGGCUAUCCUCAGGGACAGCCUCCCCAGCAGGGAGGAUACUACCCUCCUCCCCAGCCCAUGGGCUACUACCCUCCCCAACAGCAGGCUCCCCCGCCACAGGAAGAGAAGAAGGACCGUGGCUGUCUCUACGGAUGGAGAGUAAUCUGGAAGUCGGCCGUCUACUCUCGCCAGGCUGAAGGGGAGCGGAUGAUAUCCGGAGCAUCAAAGGAGGAGCUCGACAUAACAACACGACAGGCGACGCGCGGUUCGCCCAAGACAAUUUCCUUUACGUACUGCUUUUAA